UAUUUUUAUCCGAUAAGUAAUUGCCUGUCUAUAUCGUUUCUUUUCCUCAUUAACGGUAUCCUAACACAAGUUUGAAGGUUGAAAGCUCAACAUUCGCAUUAUAUUCAGCCCAAUCCUUACCAAGUUACUGUCCUUCAACUUAUACCCUUCCUUAUUCACUUCAUGGGUGUCUUGGGAGUUCCUAAAGACAGCACCUUUUGUUUUGUAUCCUUCAAAUCCCAAUACCCUUUUGUCCAACAAGUCUAAAUUUUGUGUCUUAUUACUCAAUUGACUUGUGUUUGAUCAUUUCUUUGUUUUUUUGGGAUUGUUGAGAAAGAAGAUGCAGCUUGAUCUGGAAUCACUGUCAGAAGCUACUUCUGGUGCCAUUGGGUCACUUGUUAGUACCACCGUCCUGUACCCUCUUGAUACUUGCAAGACAAAAUAUCAAGCUGAAGUUCAAGCUCAGCAUCAGCGAAAAUACAAGAGAAUUUCUGAUGUUUUAUGGGAAGCAAUUGCUACCCGUCAGGUGCUAUCACUGUACCAAGGCCUUGGGACAAAAAACGUUCAGUCCUUCAUUUCGUCGUUCAUUUAUUUCUAUGGAUACAGUUACUUUAGGAAGCUGUAUUUGAAAAGAAGUGGAAACAGGUCCAUUGGAACAGCAGCAAAUUUGGUUGUUGCCACCGCUGCUGGGGUCUUUACAAUAGUAAUAACACAGCCUUUGGAUACAGCAUCCUCGCGGAUGCAGACAAGUGAAUUUGGAAAAUCCAAGGGAUUCUGGAAGACUCUUUCAGAGGGUACAUGGAGUGAGGCAUAUGACGGACUUGCCAUUUCCAUUCUUUUAACAACAAAUCCAUCCAUUCAGUAUACUGCAUACGAUCAGCUGAAAGAGAGAAUAUUAAAGAGCAAAAUAAGCAAUAGAACAGGUACAAAGUCAUCCCCAGAAGCACUCUCUGCAUUUUCUGCUUUCAUGCUUGGUGCAGUUUCAAAAUGUGCAGCAACGUGCUUGACAUACCCAGCUAUCAGGUGUAAGGUCAUGAUUCAGGCUGCUGAAUCAGAUGAUGAUAAGAGUACAGAAGCUGAGAGGAAGGCACAGAGGACAAUCUCUGGAGCACUCUAUACUAUUUGGAAAAGAGAAGGUGUAUUGGGGUUUUUCAAAGGAUUGCAGGCGCAGAUAUUGAAAACUGUUCUUAGCUCUGCAUUACUUCUGAUGGUAAAGGAGAAGAUCGCAAAGUCCACAUGGAUUCUAAUGCUCAUGAUUGGAAGAUACCUGUCUGUGAAUUCCCCCAAACUGAAGGCAAUUUGAAUGUCAUGAGUAAUUCUUAAAACAGCUUUUCAUCGAAGAAUAUGCUAAAAUUGGCUUUGUAUAAUUUGGCAGAUGCCAAGCUCUAAAAAAUUAUAUUAUUGAUAAUAAUGACAGGCAUUAUAUUUGCCUCUAGCA